AUGUCGGGAGUCUCUGCACUGAGGCAAGGCUCAGCAGCAGCAGCAGCAGCAACAACAACAACAGCAGCAGCAGGAACAGCAGCAGCAGGAACAGCAGCAGCAGCAGCAGCAGCAGAGGGGCGCCGCCAGGCUUAUAUAAGUUUUAGGAAUUAUCCCAGUAAUGCUGGGAGGACACCGCAGCUGCGUAUUAUUGGGUCUGCUGUACCUGCUGCUGCUGCUGCUGCUGCUGCUGGAUCUGCUGCUGCUCCCUCUGCUGCACCUGCUGCUGUUUCAUCCCAGAAAUUUACAGCAGCAGGAGCAGCAGCAGGAGCAGCAGCAGGAGCAGCAGCAGGAGCAGCAGCAGCAAAAGCAGCAGCAGCAGAAAUAUCUCUACAGAUUCGUAUUGAUUCAAGCCCUUCUGUUGCUGCUGCUGAAUCGAGGACGGGCUCAUCUGCAGCAGCAGCACCAGCAGCAGCAACACCAUCAUCAUCAGCAGCAGCAGCAGGAGGCAGCAGACUGCAGCAAAUGCCUUUAUGCCUCUCCGUGCGCAGCAGCGGCGACAGUUCGGUUGUUACUCUCCCUGCCUAUUCUCCUUAUAGUUCCUACUCAGCAAAUGCAGCAGGAAAAGGAGCAGCAGAUAGAGGUUUGCUGCUAGCAGCAGCAGCAGCAAGACAGCUAAAUCCGCAGCAGCUGCUGCAGGCAAUUAAGGGAUUAAGAACCUUACCUGCUGAGGAAGGAAGAACAUAUCAUCUCCCUUUGCUGUUGCAUCCUCUUGCGGAUAUAACGAUACACCAUCCCCCGCACCCCCAUCAGCAGCAGCAACAACAGCAGCAGCAGGAGCAGCAGCAGCAGCAGCAGCAGCAGGAGGAGGUACAGCUGCAGCAAAUGCAGCAGCAGGAGGAGGAACAGGAGUACAACAACAACAACAACAACAACAAACAGCAGCAGCAGCAGCAGCAGCAGCAGGAGGAAGGAUAA